CUUAUAUGUACCAAACGUGGUGCCUCUAUACUGUAACCGAAACCAGCACAACUUAUUUAGCAUUUCAGCCUCGAGUUCAGUUUUUCAUUGACCGUUUACACUGCGCUAGCAAGCAACAUGCACACAACCAACUCAGAAGAAAAUGACAAUCUCUUGCCGGCCUCGGAAAUCAUUAGUGCACUGCAUACCAUUCUACGUUCACGAGCAAUGAUGCCAGACCUCGAAACCCCAUACUCCCAAACCACUUUCCCCCAUCCCAGUCACUGCGCAAUCGAGCUCGAUGACCAGAGCAUCAAUGCCAUUAUCACCGACCGCCGGCAGCAGCUAGAUGCAACUUUGCGCGACAUAUGGAGUCUGGAAUCAGUCGUCGAUAAAAUCAACAAUCUUCACCGACAGCUGACUGAACAAAAGGACAAGCUCAUCUCGUCCAUCACUUUGCACAAACGAUUCAUAUCACCUCUUUGGCGCUUACCAACUGAAGUCUUAUCUCACAUUUUCAUUCACUGUCUCCCGGAAGACAAGUAUCCGUCGCCUGCAUUGAUGCGGGCACCCAUCCUGUUGACCAGAAUAUGUCGACGAUGGAGGGAGGUUGCCGUAGGCACGCCUAGUUUAUGGUGCAGGCUAAAUGUGAUAUGCGGCUUCAGAAGGUGGCAGGGAUGUCUUGACGUAUGGCUCAAGCGAUCACGAGGACAUCCGCUCUCGUUGGCACUCAUCUGUUCCCAUAAAUCGACCGUGAGCGAGCUACGAGACAUUCUUCAACCUUACAUAAAUCAAAUCUCAUCAUUUUCUCUACAUUGUGGCGUGUUUUCUGACCGAUAUGGUCUCCUUUUAAAAGACCUAACAGCACUCCAGGAGCUAGUAGUCGUCAGGCCGCUUACUGAGCAAGUUUUCUCGCGACUGCCGCCCACUCUGCGCAGUUUCAAGCUCACAAUGUCGUUUUUCGAGCUCGAGCUCUGGCCUUCUGGCGAGCCUGUAUGGGCUAACUUGACAAAUGUCGAGAUUCCCCUACAUUGCUCUACCACACUCUUCCACCUGCUGCAGCUAUGUCCCAACCUCUGCUCAUUAGUGAUCCGCCUACUAUUCAGUGAAACUGAAAUAUUUGAGCCACUCGUGCACAUCCAAAUUCAAUCCUUACACAUCGUUGACUCCAUCCCAGACCAUUUACCUGGCCUUUUCAAUGCUCUCUCACUCCCGAGUUUACACACACUUGAAGUUCACGGUGUAUCAUGGCCUCAUCAGGAGUUCAAAUCAUUCCUAACACGGUCAAAGUGUCCCCUGGAGACUGUAAUUUUGGGCGCUAAAAUGAAGACGGAAUGCGAGCAGCAAGCAGAGUGCGUCGCCCUUAUUCCUUCUCUCGAAGUUGUAGUAGUUUCGAUAUGAUCUCAAAUUUUGUCGGACAUUUUUCUUCGUGGUUUCUUACAAGGUUUACACUAUGCUUCAUAUCACGACGACACCGUCUUCUAUAGCAGCUGUUUGACACUUGCAUUUAGCCUCACGUUUUGAACAGUACCAGUACUACCUUGGAAGUAGCGGAUAUCGCUAGUAUACCUUCUCAUUGUAUGCAUGACUCAGACCUAGGGGAAUGACCAGAACCCGCACCUGCCCUCUGGA